AUGGAUCUCCAACAAAGAACCUUUUUAACGGCAAAACAAAUCUACGCCUAUAGAAUCACCAGAGGCUUGCUCUGUUCCGAAUACUUCAAUCCUCCACUCGCAGACACAUACCUCCCGGCCAUCAUGAACGUCAUAAAAACAGAUCCAGUACUCUUGCGUCACCUAGAUAUAGACUACGAGGAUGCAUCUAACAUCUUCGCUUCCGCACGCGCAUGGCAUAUCUUCGAACCCAAUAUCGAGAGGCAAUACGUAGCGGAUGAGUAUCGGAAAGAGAAAGGUCUGCCUUUGGCUCCGAGAUCAUAUGACUUUACCAUGGUUGAUUAUGAAGCAGCGCUUUUUUGCUGGAAAGUUAAGGAUUUGGUCAAGAAGGCGAUUGCGAAUCGGGUCUGGGAAAAUGGCAAGACAUUCGUACGGUCGCCACAAGGUCACGAGGCUGGUGGGAGAAAGAGUGACUUGGAUUAUAUGUCUUUAGCAGGACCACCACACACUCAAGAGGCUCUAACAGGGAAUUUCAACUUAAAUUUAAUGGCUUUGGACGAUGUUUCGGAGGAUGAGUUGACUCUUGAAAGCGAAGAGGUCGAUCACGAGAUGAGUUUCUUUCAUACAAAUGAUAAUCAAUACGGUCUUGCAGGAUUUAGCGGGAAUACGAACAUAGCAACUGAAGUAGUAGCUGGGUCUAACCUUAACAACUCAUUCAGUCAAUCACAUCAAGCCUUCCCCGGAAACGCCAACCAGCUCAACUCCCCUUUGGCACCCAACACACAGCAAGCGAACAAGAGCCAAGGAAAGCGCAAACCCCGCAAAAAGCUACAACCAAAGCAACAAAAUGGACAUCUCGCAGAAUCGAGCGGGGAUCUGAACUUGAUAGCAGUACCAGCUACGCCUCCUCAAUUUCCCUUCCAAUCCCUACCACAACCUCUCCCAAUUAAGCGAAACGAGUACCCAUUCUCAGCAACCAAACACUUGAUAUUCGAGAAGGGCUAUGAGGGAGUGACUCAACACUACAAAGACAAAGCACCGCAUGAUGACGAGGUCCGACAGUUCUUCGAGGAAAGAGAGAGUCGUCAACAAGCGGAAUAUGAAAAGAGACUUCUAGAAUGGCUCCUGAGCAAUCAAUAA